CGUCAGCGACUGUUCUGAGGCUUCAGGCAGCAGGUGGUAGCUUUGCGUUGGGCCUGGAAAAAGGUUGGACGUCUCAGAGGCAGGUCGAGAGAGGGGGUCGCACCCACGAUACCUGGAGGGGAGGUGGGCUGAGCACAGGCACGGCUGGCCCCGCGGCGGUGGGCUGAGCGCCGAGCAGCCUGGGCCGACGGUGCCAUGCCAUCUAGCGGCAGGCCUGGUGCCGUGGCCCUCACGGUGCGGCCCGGGCACGCGCCUGUCACGUGGCCGCCCUCAGGAGGAGGGGCUCUGUGGAUGACUUUAAAGAUGCCAAGGAAGGCAGGCAGUCCCACAGGACAGGAGGCGGCCAGAGGCCUAGAAAUGUCUGGACCUGAGCAACCACACCUCCAGAGAAAAGGCGGGGCGAUGGGCUGAGGACCAGGACAGAGACGCUGAGCCUAGAGGGCUGGCACCGCGGACGGAGCUUGGGCUCCUAGCUGGGAAGGGACGGGACCCUGGUGGAGAGGCCUGGGACCAUGCCUGGGCCGAUAUCUGUCCCGCCAGGGAGUGGGGGGCGUGUGCAGUCCCUCCCGGAGGAGCCAUGAGUUGAGCAGGACCCCAAAAGCAAGCACCCCUCCUGCUCCCUGGCAGGGUGAUGCCGGUGCUUGGCCCCCAGAGGCGGCUGCUGGGCUCCCUCAACUCCACGCCUCCAGCCACCCCCCGCCUCGGGCUGGCCGCCAACCAGACGGAGUCCCCGUGCCUGGUGGUGUCCAUUCCCGACGGGCUCUUCCUCUGCCUGGGGCUGGUGAGUCUCGUGGAGAACGUGCUGGUGGUGGCUGCCAUCACCAAGAACCACAACCUGCACUCGCCCAUGUACUACUUCAUCUGCUGCCUGGCCGUGUCCGACCUGCUGGUGAGCGUGAGCAACGUGCUGGAGACGGCCGUCAUGCUGCUGCUGGAGGCCGGCGCCCUGGCCACCCGCGCGGCUGUGGUGCAGCAGCUGGACAACGUCAUGGACGUGCUCAUCUGCAGCUCCAUGGUGUCCAGCCUCUGCUUCCUGGGCGCCAUCGCCGUGGACCGCUACAUCUCCAUCUUCUACGCCCUGCGGUACCACAGCAUCGUGACGCUGCCCCGGGCGUGGCGGGCCAUCACGGCCAUCUGGGUGGCCGGCCUCCUCGCCAGCACCCUCUUCAUCGCCUACUACAGCCACACGGCUGUCCUGCUUUGUUUCAUCGGCUUCUUCAUAGCUAUGCUGGCGCUCAUGGCGGUGCUGUACGCCCACAUGCUGGCCCGGGCAUGCCAGCACGCCCGACGCAUCGCACGGCUGCACAAGAGGCAGCGUCCCGUCCACCAGGGCUUCGGCCUCAAGGGUGCAGCCACCCUCACCAUCCUCCUGGGCAUCUUCUUCCUCUGCUGGGGCCCCUUCUUCUUGCAUCUCUCGCUCAUCGUCCUCUGCCCUCAGCACCCCACCUGUGGCUGCGUCUUCAAGAACUUCAACCUCUUUCUUGCCCUCAUCAUCUGCAACGCCAUCGUGGACCCUCUCAUCUACGCCUUCCGCAGCCAGGAGCUCCGGAAGACCCUCCACGAGGUGCUGCAGUGCUCCUGGGGCCGUCGGCCCGAAUGGGGGACGGGGACCCAGGCUCUCAGGGCCAGGAAGCAGCCCACCCCACCUCCACCUCUGCUGCAGGGUGCCUGGCGGCUGGGGUCUGCUCUCCUCCAGACACAGCACACGGCCGACCCCCUUCCUGGUACAAGCUCAGUGGAGGAAAAAGUGAUGCUACGAGCCAGCCCCUGCAGCCCCCUGGCCAGCCACCCCAGCUCUGUCCCGGCCAGUACCCCCCAACCCACGCUGGCAGCCCCAGCCCUGACUGCUGACCUCGGGGCUGGGAGCUGGUUCCCAGCAGGGCUGGCCUUUGCUGGGAGACGGGACGAUGAGUCAGCCUCGAGCCGGGCACCAGAGCCCUCCGGGGAUGGAGGGGGUGCUGGCCUGGCCCAGUGCCAUCCCGCAGGGCGGCAGGGUCCUCCGCAGCCAGCCCCAGCCCGUCCGCGCGCGUCCCGCAGCCGCCCGCCACACGCACCGAGCAUGAGGGAGAUCGUGCACAUCCAGGCCGGCCAGUGCGGCAACCAGAUCGGGGCCAAGUUCUGGGAGGUCAUCAGUGACGAGCACGGGAUAGACCCCAGUGGCAACUAUGUGGGGGACUCGGACCUGCAGCUGGAGCGCAUCAGCGUCUACUACAACGAGGCCUCUUCUCACAAGUACGUGCCUCGGGCCAUCCUGGUGGACCUGGAGCCUGGCACCAUGGACAGCGUCCGGUCUGGGGCCUUCGGGCACCUCUUCAGGCCUGAUAACUUCAUCUUUGGUCAGAGUGGAGCCGGCAACAACUGGGCCAAGGGCCACUACACGGAGGGCGCUGAGCUGGUGGACUCGGUCCUGGACGUGGUGCGGAAGGAGUGUGAGAACUGCGACUGCCUGCAGGGCUUCCAGCUGACCCACUCGCUGGGCGGCGGCACGGGGUCCGGGAUGGGCACCCUCCUCAUCAGCAAGGUCCGCGAGGAGUACCCCGACCGCAUCAUGAACACCUUCAGCGUGGUGCCCUCGCCCAAGGUGUCGGACACGGUGGUCGAGCCCUACAACGCCACGCUGUCUAUCCACCAGCUGGUGGAGAACACGGACGAGACCUACUGCAUCGACAACGAGGCCCUGUACGACAUCUGCUUCCGCACCCUCAAGCUGGCCACGCCCACCUACGGGGACCUCAACCACCUGGUGUCGGCCACCAUGAGCGGGGUCACCACCUCCCUGCGCUUCCCGGGCCAGCUCAACGCCGACCUGCGCAAGCUGGCCGUGAACAUGGUGCCCUUCCCGCGCCUGCACUUCUUCAUGCCCGGCUUCGCGCCGCUCACCGCCCGCGGCAGCCAGCAGUACCGGGCGCUGACGGUGCCCGAGCUCACCCAGCAGAUGUUUGACGCCAAGAACAUGAUGGCGGCCUGCGACCCGCGCCACGGCCGCUACCUGACCGUGGCCACCGUGUUCCGGGGCCGCAUGUCCAUGAAGGAGGUGGAUGAGCAGAUGCUGGCCAUCCAGAGCAAGAACAGCAGCUACUUCGUGGAGUGGAUCCCCAACAACGUGAAGGUGGCCGUGUGCGACAUCCCGCCCCGCGGCCUCAAGAUGUCCUCCACCUUCAUCGGCAACAGCACGGCCAUCCAGGAGCUCUUCAAGCGCAUCUCGGAGCAGUUCACGGCCAUGUUCCGCCGCAAGGCCUUCCUGCACUGGUACACGGGCGAGGGCAUGGACGAGAUGGAGUUCACCGAGGCCGAGAGCAACAUGAACGACCUGGUGUCCGAGUACCAGCAGUACCAGGACGCCACGGCCGAGGAGGAGGGCGAGAUGUACGAAGACGACGAGGAGGAGUCCGAGGCCCAGGGCCCCAAAUGAAGCAGCGAAGGGGUGGGACGUGGCCGCGGCCAGGACCCAGCGGUCUGUCCCCCAAGCCACGUAGCCACUGACACACCCCCACCCUCGCCCCCACCAGGUCUGGUCACCUCAGCCUAGGGCUCCCGAGGGUUUGUCCUUCAGCAUUUACAGGCCCCCCCCCGCCCUGCGUGAGUCCGCUCGGCUGUCUCCUGCCAUAGGUCAGAUCCAUUCCAUGUGGCCCGUUUGUCUCUCUGCUUUAUUUUCAGCUCCAGGCCUGAUGUUUUAUGGUUCGUUUUGUUUUUUUUUACUGUUUUGUGUUUCUAUUUUGGUGGGACACGUAAUAAAUUUAUUGCUGUCAGAUACCCA